CGCUGUCCCGUCCCGUCCCGUCCCGAUGGCGGAGCCGGCGGGCAGCGGCCUGUGGGAGCGGCGGGCGGGCGCGGGGCCGGGCCCCCGCCCUCGGGCCCCCUGCCCUCCGGUAACGGCCGCCGCGACCCCCCAGCUCUGGGGCUCCCCACCCCUCCUGGACUCGUUCGUGUGCCACCGCGGCCGCAGCGAUGAGGAGGAAGAGGAGGAGGAGAGAGUGGCGCCGGCAGAAAUCUCCCUGCUGAACAAGCUGCUCCGCACCUCGCUGGUGGAGUCGAGCCACCGCGUGGAGAUUCUGCAGCGGGACCCCAGCUCCCCCCUCUUCUCUGCCAAGACCUUUGAGGAGCUGCCCCUGAAAAAGGAGCUUUUGCAGGGGAUUUACAUGAUGGGCUUCAACCGACCAUCCAAAAUCCAGGAGACGGCUCUGCCCAUCAUGCUGGCUUAUCCGCCCCAAAAUCUGAUUGCCCAGAGCCAGUCAGGGACAGGGAAAACAGCAGCUUUUGUCUUGGCCAUGCUGAGCAGAGUUAAUGCCACCGAGAAAUACCCGCAGUGCCUCUGCCUGGCUCCCACCUACGAGCUGGCCCUACAGAUUGGGCACGUCAUCGAGAGCAUCGGGCGCUUUUGCGCUGACAUCAGGGUGACCUACGCCAUCCGGGGACACCGAGUCCCGCAGGGCACCGUGCUGCAAGAGCAGAUCAUCAUUGGGACGCCAGGGACGGUGCUGGACUGGUGCUUCAAGAGGAGGCUCAUCAACAUGAAGAAGAUCCAACUGUUUGUGCUGGAUGAAGCUGACAUCAUGAUGGACACGCAGGGCCUCUCCUGUCAAAGCAUCCGUGUUCAGAGGGCUUUACCUGAGUCCUGCCAGAUGCUCCUUUUCUCCGCCACCUUCAAGGAAACGGUGCGGGCCUUCGCCAUCCGGAUCAUCUCCAACCCCAUCGUCAUCAAGCUGCGUGAGGAGGAGCUCACCCUUAGCAACAUCCGCCAGUUCUUCUUCGUCUGCCAGGGCCAGGAGCAGAAGUACAGAGCUCUCUGCAACAUCUAUGGUGGCAUCACCAUUGGCCAGGCCAUCAUCUUCUGCCAGACACGGCGGAGCGCGGACUGGCUGGCGCUGCAGAUGAGCCAGGACGGGCACCAGGUUGGCAUCCUGACAGCAGAGCUGACGGUGACCCAGCGCGCCAACGUCAUCCAGCACUUCCGGCAGGGCCGGGAGAAGGUCCUCAUUGCCACCAACGUCUGCGCCAGAGGGAUCGAUGUGCAGCAGGUGACCAUCGUGGUGAACUUCAGCCUCCCCAUCAACGAGAGGAAGAAGCCAGAUUUCGAGACCUAUCUGCACCGCAUCGGGCGCACAGGCCGCUUCGGGAAGGACGGCAUCGCCUUCAGCAUGGUGGAGAGCCAGGACGUGCAGCUCGUACGGAUGAUUGAGGAGCAUUUCCAAACUAGGAUCAAGCAGCUGGAUCCAGACGAUAUGGAUGAGAUUGAGAAGCUUCAAAGCUGAGUGAGGAGCAGGGGGUGGGGGUUUGCUCCCCCCGAGCCAAGUUUUGGUUUAAAAAGGGAAGGAAAACGUAUGUUACAGGGGAAAAUCUCCCGGUUCUCAUAACUUCCUAAAGCUGUUUGGGUUUGUUGUGAUAUUUUAGGAGAAGGUAGGAGGGGGAAAAUCCCUUCUUGGUUUUUUUUGGUGUUUUCUCUCUGAGGUUUUCGUAGCCAUGACUGGAGAAAUCACCCUUGGCCACGAGAUAAUGCUCCUUAAAAAUGGGGCAGAAAACAGGUAAAAUGCGGUAACUGGCCCCAAAAAAUCUCCAGGUGGCAGCAGGCAGAGCUUCUCCUAGCAAAAACUGGGAGAAAACUUUCAUGAGUACAAAAAAUUUGGGAGAAAGGAGCAAGUUAUUAAAAAGGAAGGAGCCAGGCUCACUAGAUGGCAGCAGGAAUCCACUGUUGCUAUCCCAAAUCCUGUCCCACAUCCCAUUCAGGACCGGGAAUGUGAGUGUUUGGGAGUCACAGUGGUGAUAGGGGGAGAGGUUGGAGUUUCAGGGGACUGUGUGUCCCCAGCCCAGGGGCAUGUUUGUCCCUGGGGGGUUUGUCCCUUGGCUGUCACCCAGCUUGUGUCCAAUAAAAAAGAAUUAUUUCUUGUUA